AUGGCGCAGUACUUCUUCGACCUGCUCUACAACGUCACAGACUGCAUGUGCUGCUUCCCCAGCACACCGCAGCUGAAGAUCAACAAUCGCAGCUUCAAGCUCCUGCGUUUGCUGGGUGAAGGCGGUUUCUCCUAUGUCUACCUCGUCCAAGACAAAACAACCUCGGAACUGUUUGCUCUCAAGAAGAUCCGCUGUCCAUUCGGUCAAGAGUCUGUAUCGCAAGCCCUGAAAGAAGUCGAGGCCUACACGCUGUUCAACUCGCAUACCAACAUCAUCCACUCGAUCGACCAUUGCGUCUCAACCGAAUCGGGCUCGAAGUUCCGCAACGAUGGCGGAGACGCCGGAUCGAAGACGGUCUACAUUCUGCUGCCCUACUAUCAGCGCGGAAACCUGCAGGAUGCCAUCAAUGCCAAUCUAGUCAACCACACCCGGUUUCCCGAGAAGCGGCUGAUGAUGCUGAUGCUGGGUGUCGCCAAUGCGCUCCGGUCCAUGCACCAGUAUCGUGUCAAGAGCGGCGCUGGGUCUACGCGCGCGGCGCAAGCGAUCCGGCAAGAAGGCGAGGAUGCAGAUGAGGAAAGGACGAUGCGGAUGAAACCCAAACGGCGCGCCAGCCAUCGCGAUGACGAUGAUGAGGAGCAGGAACCCUUGAUGGAUAAUGAGGUAACACGCAGCCAGGAAGGGGUUCAGGAUGGCGAUUUGCGUCCCUAUGCGCAUCGCGAUGUCAAGCCUGGGAAUAUCAUGAUUGAUGACGAUGGCCAAACCCCGAUCCUAAUGGAUCUCGGCUCUCUGUCGCCGAGCCCAAUCGCCAUUACUUCACGAUCCCUGGCCUUGGCGGUGCAAGACACCGCUGCGGAGCACAGCACCAUGCCCUACCGUGCGCCUGAACUUUUCGACGUGAAGACCGGGUCCAUCAUUGAUACCAAGGUCGACGUCUGGUCGCUGGGUUGCACCCUGUAUGCUUGCCUUGUCGGCAAGAGUCCCUUCGAGGCGCGCAGUGAAGAGACCGGCGGCAGUUUGAGUAUGUGCGUGCUCGGCGGCGACUGGCGAUUCCCCGAUGAAAACACCGGCGCGUCCAAGGGCAAGGCCAAAGUCGGCGGCAACAAUGAGGAGCCCUCUCGCGGCAACACGGGCUUGAUCAGCGCCCCCGUCAAGGAAGUUGUUCGCAAAUGCCUUCAAGUGGAGCCCGCGGACCGGCCUGAUAUGGAUGAGCUCAUCCAGAUCAUGGAGGGUGUUAUUGAGCAGUUGCCAGAAGAUAAUGACAUCGCCGGCAUGUCUCACUGA